CAGCCUGGCUGUCUGAUCAGGUCUGCUCCAGACAGAUGAUUAGAAGAAGCCAUUUCACACGAUGGCAGACAUCUAUGAGGACGCCUGUACCGUAAACCCGACAAGCUACCCGGACGAGAAGAGCGGCCCUACACUGGACCUGUCACCGGCCGCUGGGGGUAAAACAGACGUGUCCAGUUCAGAGUGCGAUGAAAACUUCCCAGCUCCGGAUAUUGCUGACCACCAUGGCUACAUCCCGGGAGUGGGCAUGGCGACCGCUGGUCAGUCUCCAGGCCGGUUCGGUCCCCUGCUGAAGAUCAUCAGUUUCAUCCUACUGAUGCUGUCCUGCUGUCUCCUGGCUGUUGUUGUGUGCAUGUGUGAGUAA